AUGCAGUGGAGCCUUGUUCGCACAUCUAGUGGGGCCCAACCCCAGCAAUUCGCUAUCAUAAUACGAAGCCGGGGCGGUAUCCCAGUCAUUUGCUACUCCUCAAAAUUUCUGUCGUCUUCGGACAAUGUCUCUUUCCAUUGUCUUUCGAACCGUUCUUCACUCACAAGAUUCAUGAUGAAUCUCGCCUCCGUGCGUGAGGCCAAGUGGGGCCAGGAAUGGCGCUCCUCCUCGUGGUUCAUCGUCACCGCGAUGGCAAUGGCCCUGUUCACAGUGGUCCACAUUUUCAUCGGCCGAUUUAUUCAGGCCAUUGCCAGCUCGUUCAUGUGGGUGGUGGGUUAUGCGACGAUCGCCGACAGUGUCGACUCGACUCGUCUGGGUGUGAUAUAUGGGAUCAUCUCGGUGGCGGCGGCUGUAGGAUUGUCGGCGGGACCGAUGGUCUCGGGUGUGCUGUUCAAAAUCGGUGGUUAUUGGACGGCUUGGACUAGCGCGUUUGCGAUCCUUCUUGUCGAUAUUGUUCUGCGUUUCCUAAUGCUGGAGAAUCCCCGGAGAAAGAGAGAGAAGCAAUCGGAUCCUUCCCCUGCGGAUGACGGCCCACACGAGGAAGAAAACUCGCCGCUGCUCCGCCCGGACAAUGACACAUCGACCGCCUCGCGCCCCGUGGCUGCACCGGAGACAGUCGAAGAGAAGACAGGUCUCGAAUACUACGUGUACAUGUUUCGACACCGUCGAUUCGUAACCGGGGUCCUGGGUUAUUUUGUCUUUGCGAUAUUGAUCUCCAGUUUCGACACGACGCUUCCCCUGCACGUCCGCGAUGCGUUCGACUGGGAUAGUAUGCCCGCGGGACUGAUGUUCUUGGCCUUGCAAGGCCCCGGCAUUGCGCUCAGUCCCCUUGUUGGCUGGUUGAAGGACCGCGUUGGGACACAGAUCCCCACCACGAUUGGUUUUCUGGGUUUGGCGCCUCUGAUGUGGCUGCUAGGGGUGCCGGGGGAUGAGCGAUUCCCGUGGGCAAAUCAAGGCCAGAGGGGCCCGAUCAUCUAUGCCAUGGACGUGACGGCCGUGGGAAUCGUGUCGGUCUUACUCAAUGGGGUUGGCGUACUCGAAGCUACCGCGACCAUUGAUGAAAUUGAACAUCGGCACCCGGGCAUAUUCGGACCCCAUGGCGGAUACUCCAGGGCCAUGUCGAUUUGCAGCCAGAGCUGGACCAUAGGCGCUUUCUUUGGGCCCAUUCUCUCGGGCUACAUGGCCGAACAUAUUGGAAUUACGAGAUGA